UUUCAGUGCUUGCGUCCAAGUGGAAGAGGAUGAUCUUCGGUGUCUGUUUCUUCCAUGCUGUUAUUCUGGAGAGGAAGAAGUUUGGUCCUCUGGGAUGGAACAUCAGGUAUGAGUUCAGUGACAGUGAUCGUGAGUGCGCUCAGUUGAACUGUCAGAUGUUCUGUGCAGAAGGAAUCAUUCCAUGGGACGCCCUUAUCUACAUCACAGGCAUGAUCACCUAUGGAGGUCGUGUGACAGAUGCCAUUGAUCAGAGAUGCCUGGAGACCAUCCUGAAGACUUUCUUCUACCCCAACACACUGGAGGAGGGCUACAAGUACUCACCCUCAGGUAUAUACUAUGCCCCUGACUACCCUACCCUACAGGAGUACAGAGACUAUAUAGAGACCCUACCUAUUAAUGAUGAACCAGAGAUCUUUGGCAUGCACGAGAAUGCCAACAUUGCUUUCCAGGCAGAGGAGACUAACCACUUGAUCCAGACCAUUCUGGACGUACAGCCCCGUCAGUCAAGUGGUGGAACCGGAAAGUCUAACGAUGAAAUCGUGUACGAGUUAGCAGAGAGCAUUCUGGGUAAACUGAUGGACAAACUGGACAUUGAGCAGGCCAAUCAGGAAAUGUUUGAGCCGGACGAGAAAGGUCGCCUGAAUUCACUGACCACCGUGCUGACCCAGGAAGUGGACAGAUUUAACAAACUUCUGAAGGUCAUCAAGAACUCUCUGGAUCAGCUGAAGAAGGCCAUUAAAGGUUUUGUUGUGAUGAGUGACGAGUUAGAGCUUGUCUACCAGGCCUUUAUCAACAGUCAGGUCCCCAGCCUGUGGGCUAACGCCGCCUACCCCUCCCUGAAGCCCCUGGGUAGCUGGGUCAAUGACCUCAUUUACAGGUGUGCCUUCAUUGAUAACUGGGUUAGGCACGGACAGCCCAAGUCUUUCUGGAUGUCUGGAUUCUUCUUCCCACAAG